AUGGUCGCCGACGACUACGACCUCCCCGACGUCCGCGCGCUCGACGCGACCGCCGAGAGCUGCCUCGCCGCCGGCGACCUCGCGCAGGCGAUGCUGUGCUGGGAGCGGUCGCUCUUCCUGCGCCAGCACUACCUCGGCUACGAGAGUCCCGAGGUGUGGGCGCUGGCCAAGCGCAUGUGCGCCGUGGCCACCGACGUUGGCCGGCGCCAGCUCUGCGCCGGCCGCCUCGACGACGCGCGCUGCUUCUUGCUCAAAGCCGACGCGUUGGCCACAACGGCCGACGAAUACAUUGCGAUCUUCAACCAGCUCGCCGCCUACUACCGCCGCGUCCACAAGCUGCGCGUCGCGUACAGCUACCUCCAGCGCGCCAUGGCGCUCGACGGGUCGUCGGGCCUGCGCGCCGCCGAGACGCGGCUCAACGCGUGUGCGAUCUUGUCGCAGCUCGGCCGCCACGACAAGGCGCUCCUCGCCGCACAGCGCGCGCUCAUCCUACUCCAAGAGGCUGGGAAUGCGCCGGACGCCCAUGCGCAUGCGCACUGGAGCGCGGUCGCGGUCGCCUACCACAACAUGGCGGUCGAGCUCGAGUUUCUCAAGAAGCCCCACGUGCAGGUGCUGCAGUCGUACAAGCGGGCCGUGCAAACCGCUUGCGACCGCCUCGGCAUCGACGACCCGCUGACGACCGCGCUCGAGGAGGCGCAGCGCGCGGCCGAGUCGCUCGUCGCCCGCAAGAAGACGCACGACGUCUUUCGCGAGGCCCGCGCCAAGGCAAGCUCCCGCCCCGCCGAGCCCAAGAGUCGCGGACGCCGCCAUGUGCCCAAGCAAACGACGGCGGCCUACGGAGUGCGCCCUCUUGACGCGUCGGGGACCAGCGAUGUGUUGGCGCCGAAGGGCCCUGGCGUCGACCUGUGCCGCUUUGAUGCCCGUGCGCUCGCAGACGACUUUGUCCUACCCGAGCCGGUGGUGCGCAUGCCGUUGCCGGCCAGCAGCGACCUGACGCCACUGCUCACACCGCGCCGCAGCGAGGACGAGCCCGCGACGUCGAAUCCGGUCGGUGUCGAGAAGAUCGAGACGCCGCCACCGGAUGACCGGAACCAAGGUUUCUCCGAGGAGCCAGAGCUUGACGCCAAGGCUGGUGCAGCAGAAGAGACUGACAUCAACAAGAUUGGUGGAGCAGACGAAUCCAUUGCAGAGGCCAAGACGAUGGAUGACGUUGCGACGGCAGGCAGCGAUCUUCGGCGCCUCUCGCUCGACAUGCCACUGGACGAGAGCGAAGCGAAAGCGGCCGACGACAUGUUGCUGCGCCAAGAUGAAAAGCAUGAGCCGGCGUCCGACGAGCCAAACGAGUCGCGUCAAGACGAGGUUGACGGUGACGGCAUCGGCAGUGACGCCGAUGUCCGUAGCGACGAAGACGACGACGGUGUUGGCGACGACAAGGACACUGGCGACGACGACAAACACGACGACAAGGACGUAGAUGACGGCACGGAGGACAAGGACCAAGACGACGCCAAACGCAGUCAGGACGCGUGGACGCCCGAAGACAAGUAG